CAUAAGCUUUGUAUAUAUAAGUAAAUAAAUAAAAAGUUUUUUGUAUACAUAUUCUUUUCUCUUUCACUCUUUUUGUCAUUGUCAUGAAUUCUUGGAUUUCUUCUCUUUCUUCUGAUACUCUUUUACCUCUCCCAUUCUUCAGAUGAAAUUUGGGCUGUCUGGUUUUUUGUUCAAAGAUUUGAUAUUUUCGCCGUCUGCAUUAAGUCUUGAAGAGGGGAAUUGCCUUGAGAGUUUGUUGAUUCAUAAUUGAAGCGGAAGAGCCUACUUCUGUCAGGUUUUCUGGUUUUACUAAGCUACAAUGAACCACCAGUAUGGUGCAGACCAAGAUCAAGUGAGUGUUGUUGGAUUUGAUGUUCCCGAUUCACCGGAAUCAAGUUACAAUAAUGCUUACCCCGAAAAUGAAGAUGAAGGACGAGAACCGCCUGCAUUUCCACCCCAUCUGCAGCAUACUUUAUUGAACCAUCCGACGACUACUGAUCCUUGUGCAUCCCUCCAACCACCGCAGAAUGUGACUCUAAAUCACCUUUACAUAGAGAACAGAGAACCUCCUCGGUCGGUGGUAGCACUCGGGGUCACUCAUCGUUUUCGUUCAAAAUUUGUCACUGUUGUGCUUUAUAAACCAGUUCCAAGAAGGUGAAAUAGCAGCAAGGUGGUGUUCAUGACGGCAAGGCUUAUCCUGUUCGUUCUCCAUUGUGUAUGUAUUGAUUGAUUGGAGCACUAGUAGGAAUGAGCCGAAACGCGAUUUAGCAGUGAAAAGUAUGUUUUCUUAGGCUGCUGUGGUGAAACUUGUUUAUGUUCUGUAAACUUUUAACUAUAAAGGAUUAGAAAUGUUUCCAAGAUAUAAAUUAUGUUAUAAGUGCUUUCUAAGUUUUGUAGGUCUUGUGUGCUUGAUACUGUUUUUGCCUUCACUCUUAAGAACAGUGAAGUGUCUGUAAUAUCAGCUGUUACAAAUA